GACAAUAAACCGUUAAACUUCAUCACCGCCAUAAGAGAUACUUAUGGGAGCGUGUGUAACCAGACGAUCUUUUACACGAAUUCUGAAGAAAUUCAGAAGAAAGCAGCAGACCAGUAUGUCAUCGUGGUUGACUCGACACUGAACGGUUUCUAUUGGAGCUAUUUCCAACAAGUAGUGGAUUCGUCUUCAAAGGUACCCGCCCAGUGGACCUAUAUCGGCGAUGAACAGGGGUACCUAUCAGUCCAGAAUCUGCGAAAACUCGUCCGUGGCUUCAAUCACAGACGGCCGCUCAUAUUUGGGAGAAUCUUCAUGCAAAAGUUAGAAGUUUUCCUAUAUAUAUUGCUCGAGCUGGACUCUAUAUUUUUUCUUGGCUGUUGCUCUGAUCAUGCGAUAUCAUUCGGACAGCUAAGCUACAAGGAUAUCAGACUUGCUGACUUUGCAUCUGUGCAUUGGAAAGUUUUUGGAUUGGGCGGUAAGUUCAGUCUUUGA